AUGAUGUCAAAGGAAGCAUUGAAAAAGGGCUUCUCUCUACCAGCGGGCAUAUGCUUUUUGGAGGGUCCUUCGCAAUUUGUACCUGCGGUGCUCGGUGCUCGGUGCUCUGGCUGGCCGUUUCUUUACCUGUGUUGCCUACUUUCCCCUGUCAUCACUUCCAUCACUGCUGAGUGUAAGGAACCCUGGUCGCGUUGCUGGUGUCAACCCUGCCGGCGCAAUGUGAGUGAGGUAUGUUUCGAUGAGCGUGGAAUUGGUGACGGGAACCUGGACGCUGUGGUCAGCAUCACCGUGGCUCUGAUCCUGAUCUGUCCACAUCCAGCAAUUUUCUGCGCUGUCCCACAAGUUUCCGUCCAACAAGAGACUGCUUACCGUUGUUGUUACUUCUUGGAAACCUGUAACUGGACUCUCAGAUGUCCUUCUCACAAGAUUCAGGACCAGGAAUACUUCAUAUAUGUCGCAAUUGUUGGCAUCAUAUUCCUGCGUGCCGGGUUCCCUCAUUCGGCGGCACUCAAAGUACCUUUUGACUGCCAGGCCGCAAGAUGUGGACAUGGCGGAAUCCAUGUGUGGCGGCACGGGCCAGUUGAUCCAGGUAUGGACCACGACACAUGGCGCUGGCAAGACAGUUCACCAUACAUUGGUGCGCGAUCAUGGUGA